CUAUUUGUUUCCUAUGAUUAAAAUAGACAUUUUAAACUAUACACAUUAGUCCCCUUUUAUAGCGUUCAUUAAAAUAACACCAUAUGUUUCUUAAAGAAAUUGAGGUACGCCACGCGCAGGAGUCUCGAGUCAACAACACGUCCUUCAAAUUUCUUGAAUGGGGGUCUCUCCCACGUGUCUUGCCUCUCUUUCUAUUUGUCGGCAAGUGCCCUCCACAAACACUCUCACGAGAUCUAAUAAUACACCACCGCGUAGACCUUUUUCUUUUCUCUCUCUCUCUCACACACACACACCCCUUUGACAUUUUUACAAAGUCAACCCACUAACCAUUAAAAAAUUAAUUUCUUUUUUUUUUUGGGUUGGGACUUAAUUUUAUGAACACAAACUAAAGAAAAAGAAAGAUAACAAGAUAAGCCAAAUGCCAAAACCCCCCAUUGAUAAUUAUUAAUUCCACCACUGCCCUCCAAAAUAAAACACACCCCUCUCUCUCUCUAGACUUUCUAGUGAGAGAAAACAAAACCAUCUCUCAUUCUCUCUCUAUAAAUAAAAUUGCUACCUCCAUAACUUUUUCCCCCCCACCUUCUCUCUCUACCAAAUUUCCAAAAGUCAGCGCCUUCUUUUGUCUCUUCAUAGCUUCAGCCAUACAGCAAGAAAAAAAAAAAUGGAGGACGAUUGGGAUCUGCACGCGGUGGUCAGAGGCUGCGCCGCCAUAUGCACCACCACCACAUCCACAUCCGCCGCCGCCGGAGAGUUGACAAGCACCACCUCACACGGCCGAGUUUUCAGUACUUUGAAGCAAAACUGCACUAGCUUUAAAGAUCUGUUUGAGCCGAGAAGAGAGAGCUUCGUACAAGAACUGCAUGAGCUUUACCGACCGUUUUUCCCCUCGUCGGAGGAAUCUUCGUCGCUAAAAGUAAUUCCGUCGCAAAAUUUACCUAUUUCACCACUCUCUGUUCUUGGAGGACUCCAAGAUCUACCAUCUGAACACCAACAAAAACAGCAACAACAACAACAACAACAACAACAACAACAACAACAUCUGCAAAUAAUGAAACAAUUACCUCCGCCGACACAUCUCCGGCAAAAGCAACAAGCUUUUUCCGUCGCUAAUUGCUCACCAAAAGCUAGUGUUAUUUCACACCCACCUCCUCCGAGGUCCAAAAGAAGGAAGAACAAUUUGAAGAGGGUUUGCCACGUGGCAGCAGAGAAUUUAUCUUCUGAUAUGUGGUCUUGGAGAAAAUAUGGACAAAAACCCAUUAAAGGCUCACCCUACCCAAGGGGUUAUUACAGAUGCAGCACAUCAAAAGGGUGUCUGGCGAGAAAGCAAGUGGAGCGGAACAGAUCCGACCCAGGUAUGUUCAUAGUUACCUACACGGCGGAGCACAACCACCCCAUCCCAGCUCACCGGAACUCUCUCGCCGGCAGCACUCGCAACAAGCAGGCCGAGACGCCCAUCUCCGACGACCCCAACAAACAACCCACUUCGUCUUCGCCAGAAAAGAUGGAGAGCAGCCGGGACGACGACUUAGCUGAGGCGGCCGCCGACGAAGACGACGACGAAUUUAGCAUCUCGGAAAUGGCACUGGACGAAGAUUUCUUCGCCGGAUUGGAGGAUAUAACCGCCACAGAUUCCGGCGAAUGUUCCGGCCAGUUUUCGGUGCAGUUGCCUUGGCUUUCGACCAUCACCGGCGGUGGUUGACUUUAAUUGUGGGGAGUGCUUUUCUUCAUUUUGUAGGCAUAACUUUUUGUCCGGUCCAGAGCUGUAAAGAAUCUUGAAAAUCACAAAUCUUUUUUUAAUUUUUAAUUUUUUAUUUUAUUUUAUUUUGGGUAUAAAUUAAAUAUGUCAAAUCAUAAAGACAGACUUGUAGAGGAAAAAGGAGCUUAUUCCAUUU